AUGAAGCCCACUCAAGCCCAGCAAGAAGACCUCGAGCCCACCAAGCAACUCCAUCGUAAGCCAGUUAACUGCCAUCCGAGCUAUUCCGGUCGACGUAAAGACGAGCUCCAGCUCGAUCAAGGACCAGGUCGGCACUGCGAAGAAAGACGAAGUCAAAGAAGAUCUCCUUCAAAUCCGGUCUGGUCCGAGAUCACCGGGAUCGUUAGCUGCACGUGGCGAGAUACGCGGAGGUGGAUCGUAGCUGAUUCUGGAGCUAUAAAAGGAGCUUGA